UCGUCAAGCAAGGUUUGAUUUGAAGGUGCAAACAAUAGAUCUCCAGAGCCUCAUUGGCCAGUUUGUGUUUGUGUCGAAAGAGAUUCCCAGAGACUCCCAUCUUACAUCAACGAAGACACCUCCUCAUUCUUCGGCUCACUUCUAGUUGUCUGGCAUAGAACAUCAACCAGUACAUUGCUUCUGGGCUUUGGUCGUCGAGCUAUAUCCACACACUGUCGACGAAGACUUGUUGACCUCAAACCGUCUGUCAGCCAACAUUUGAUCUUAUCUCUGGAUUUUUAUUCUAAGACUGCUAAUCUAAGACACAUACAGGUCUAUCCCAGAAGUCUGUCUGUCUGACACGUCUGUCCAUCUGUGAGCUUUCCGCCUGUCCACGAGAUCUGACAAGAUAAGAUGCAGACGAUCAAAGCCGUGCAGUUCCGAUUGUUUGGGAAGAAAAUCGUCAUCCAGUUCCCGUGUCUGUCACCCAGCCUCAGCUCCGACGGUUGGGAUGAGUACCUAGACAGUCCAGAGCCCAGUGGUCAGCAACAGACCUGGUUACCCAACUGUGUGGUCAGUUUGCUGCAGGACUCGCUGGUCUCCGCUUUCCAGCCCAUCUUCCGUACCACGUGACCUAUAAGCGUUACCUUGAGGCGGACACCAUGUUCUAGCUCAAGGCUGGCCGGACAUCUGGCGACAUACGUCAUUGACACGUCUCAGACGCGUCACGCAAGUGUCCAGCCGUGCCCAAACUCCAUGACCAGGAGCUGUCCAGGGAAAAUAUCACACACACACACACACACACACACACACACACACACAC